AGCACGGUGCGAUGUGCUGUUAGUUUUUUCAUUUUUGAAGGCACUCUUGCUACGGCAGUAUUCUUCACGGCACUGACAUCAAAGUGUACUUUUUGAGCACUAAAUCUGGUGUGCUCCAUCGGAAUACUGGUAAACUUCAUCGGAUCUUCAUCGAUCUACGGCUACGUUUCUCCAGCGUACUUCCACACUCCUGGUCCUGCGGUAGUUGAGACUGUAAGUUUCAACGGACCACGAUAUCAACCCACCUCUAGGCUCUUUAGUCUCUUGACUUCAUUUUCAGAAGCCCGUAAGCCCUUCGCCAGGGUUUGAGUAGUUUGUGAAACUACAACUUUAACUUUUCUCUCGUCGGUGCAACACUUAGAUUCUGCUUCACUAGAAGUACUUCUAAAUUGAGAACAUCAAAGAUAAUGUCGAUGCAGAUUUUUCUGCGUGGCGCCGACGGCACCUCCCAGGUGCGCUGCGUCGAUGAAUGCGCAACCGUUGGGGAGCUGGUUUCCACCCUGGAUGCUGCUGUUUUGAAAGAGGGCGUCCAUCUAUCCUACGCGGGAAAGGACGUGCCGGAGGAGGCGGUUGUGGGAAACGUUUUACAGGAUGAGUGCACGGUUGACGUCCAUGUCGACUUGCUCGGCGCGGGUAAGAAGCGCAAGAAGAAGCAGUACACCAAGCCGAAGAAAAUCAAGCACAAGCACAAGAAGGUCAAGCUCGCGGUGCUGAAGUACUACAAGGUAAGCAGACAGACAGCCCGAGUAGACCGAAACAUUUGUUUCAUUUUGAGUUAGUUGCUUUUCCUGAACCAAUUUCGUAACUUCCGAUUUGUUGAAUGUUUCGGCCAAUUACCCAUGAGUAUGUGUAUGAUCUAUUUCAUGGUGGUUUAGGUUGGUGGUGACGGAAAGGUGACCCGUUUGCGCAAGGAAAGCCCGAUCUGCGGUGCGGGGGUGUUUAUGGCCAUGCAUCACAACCGCUACCAUUGUGGGAAGUCCGGGCUGACCUUCAUGUUUAACAAAGAGGACGAGAAGUAGACGUUCGUUUCACACACAGACACACACAGACUACACGAAGACCCGAUAUUGAAUGGAACCGAUCGGGAGGUCGCGCUGGCGACGUCGACGUGCAGUAGAAACGCAAACCGCUCACUCCCGAUGCAGCAGAGCGCAAUACAAAUGAAGAAAUUUUCACAACGGUGAUUUAUUUUGCAGCAAGAUGAAUAAACUUAAAGCUACACUUACAGCACGAGAGCAGAUCGUAGCUUAUGCAACACGUGCAUGCGCAAGCGCAUCGAAUUCCUCGAAUCGCUGAAACAAAAAUGAAAGGAGCUUUUCAGCAUCGACACAGCUCUGGACCGGUUACGUGCGAGCAGACCAAUGCUAUCAAAUCCGUUGUUGAUUGUGCUAUUGUAGUGUUGUUCUUGGCAGAUGAAAUCAUAGAAGAGAAACAGGUAGAAGAGGAGCUGGGCAGCGUCAGAUUCCUG